GCUCUAACGAUUAAGUCUCCAAAUUUCUUAUAGAUUAAGUAAAAAUAUCAUUUUGUUUAUGGAUUAUUGGCAAAAUAUGUUGAGACAGGCCAAUUACAUUUACAUUAGAAACUAAUAUUCAGUGUUCAUAGGAUAAACUGUGAAUGCAUCAUUGAGUCAAACUCCCUCUUUUAAAAAGCCCGAAGGUCCCCAAAACUCAUCCCCUUCUCCAAACCCAAGUCCAAUUGCAAGUCCAUCAUAGCACAUGAUCCCAUAAUGGAAGACCAGAACUGCACCGCCACCGUAAUCAUGAACGCACUCUCUACCCUAACACCACCUCAACUCUCAGAUCUGAUCCACUCCGUCUCCUCCCUCCACCACCUCCACCGCCGCCGCCUCUCAUCCCUUCUCUCCUCCCCCAAUCUCUUUUCCCUCACCCUCCACCACCUCCACUCCCUCUCUCUCCACCGCAAGUCCCUCCUCAUUGCCCGCCACCUCUUGCUCACCCUAACACACCUUAUUCGCUUCAUGCAAACAAAAACAGCCCCACCGUCUUACGCCGUCACCACCCUCAAACUCCGUGACCUCGACGCCGUUCUCCUCCUCCUGCUCCUCUGUGAACUCCGGCAACACCACCCAACAGCCCUCGAAACCCCACACGGUAAGUGGCGUGUUGCCCUUUGUGAAUAUGUCUCUGAUUCGAUGCUAACACUCUCUGGCAUUGGAGUUUCGAAUAGUGAAGUCUUGAUCAAGUAUAUUGAGGUGGUGACAAAGUGCAGGAGGUUUGUUAAUGUAAUGGGUUGUGAUGGUGGUGGAGGGAAGGAGGGGAGGGAGAUUGCAACGUCGGCGGCGGUGGUGGUGGCGCUUCCGUCAGUGGAAGUAAGUGGGAGCGGAAAGGAGUGUGUGAUAUGCAAGGAGGAAAUGAGAGAAGGAAGAGAUGUGUGUGAAUUGCCUUGUGAACAUUUGUUUCAUUGGUUGUGUAUACUGCUGUGGCUGAGGAAGAGGAAUACAUGUCCUUGUUGCCGGCAUCGGCUUCCGACCGACGACGUGAUCGGAGAGAUCCAACGGCUGUGGGAGGUCCUGAUCAAGAUCGGAGGUGGUGACCCGUCUAAAUUUUCAGCAUAAUUUAGCUGUUCCAUAAUUUUAGUAGUAGAAGAAUUCUAAAUCUACCCAAAAAGCUCGAAUGAAAAAAUAUGAAGAAAACUCGAGAUCCAUAAGCAAAUGUAUAUAAAUAUGAGUCUUUUUCCAAUUCAAUAACGAUCUCAUAAGUCAUUGCGAUGUUAUGUUGACUUUGAAGGAAAUGAAAUGGAAGAAUUUUCUAGGUGUAUGAGUUAUAAUGAAUGGUUGUGAUGAACCAAUUGAAGAGCAUCACUCAUUCUUGAUAACACCUUUGGCUGUUUUGUGUGGUAAAUGCCAACGGCAAAGGGGCUAAGCAGAUUUUUUUAUUUUGGGUUGGGGUCAGGGAAGAGAUGCGAGUAAGUUCUCUCAUU